CGCCCUUUACCUUUUAUUUGGCAUCCGUUGGACUGUUACUUCUCUGCACCUAGACAAGGAAGAGAGAUCGAGCGAGGAGCAAAAGAAUAGACGAUACUGAAAAAGAUGACGACAAUACGCCGAUUCUGCUGCAACGAUCUUCUACGCUUCUCAUCUGUGAAUUUUGACCAUCUAACCGAAACUUUCAAUAUGUCAUUCUAUAUGACCUAUUUGGCAAGAUGGCCCGACUAUUUCCAUGUGGCUGAAGCCCCUGGUAACAAAAUCAUGGGCUACAUUAUGGGUAAAGUAGAAGGACAAGGCGAGUCUUGGCAUGGACAUGUAACCGCAGUUACUGUGGCUGCUGAAUACCGAAGGCAGCAGUUGGCUAAGAGACUCAUGAACCUUCUUGAAGAUAUCAGUGACAAAAUCGAUAAGGCGUACUUUGUGGAUCUUUUUGUGCGAGCAUCAAAUGCACCUGCUAUAAAGAUGUAUGAGAAGCUUGGGUAUGUAAUCUAUAGACGAGUUCUGCGUUAUUACUCAGGAGAGGAAGAUGGCUUAGACAUGAGGAAAGCCCUAUCAAGGGACACCGAAAAGAAGUCGAUUAUUCCUCUCAAACGGCCCGUUACUCCUGAUGAGUUGGAAUAUGAUUAGAGUCCAAACUGAAUGCGAAGAUGUUUCAUGUGAUUCUUGAGAUGGAACAGUAACACUUCACAUCAGUUGUUUACUUGUGUCAAAUGAGAGACAUGAAUAUAUAACUGAAAUCAUAAUGAUUUCUUUCUUCCAACUGGGUUUGAACUCCUGAACAGAGUCAGCCAGCAUAGUAACAUGAAAAGAAGUGCAGAGAAUCUUGGAACCCA